GGUCCGGGAGGGGCCAGGUCGAAGCCCGCGCCCGGCGCGGAGCGGGGCGGUCAUCAGCUCCAGUUCCGCAGGCUGAGUGCAAGUCCCAGCCAUGGCUCCCCGCUGCUGGCGCUGGUGGCCCUGGUCGGCAUGGCCUCGGACCCGGCCGCCUCCCGCCGGGAGCACCCCGAGCUCCCGCCAGCAGUUCUCCACGCAGGAGCAAACCCCCCAGAUCUGUGUGGUGGGCAGUGGCCCGGCUGGCUUCUACACUGCCCAACACCUGCUCAAGCACCACGCCCAGGCCCACGUGGACAUCUAUGAAAAGCAGCUUGUGCCCUUCGGCCUGGUGCGCUUUGGCGUGGCGCCCGACCACCCCGAGGUGAAGAACGUCAUCCACACCUUCACCCAGACGGCCCUCUCUGAGCGCUGUGCCUUUCACGGCAACGUGGUUGUGGGCCGGGACGUGACCGUGCCGGAGCUGCGGGAGGCCUACCACGCCGUGGUGCUGAGCUAUGGAGCAGAGGACCACCGGGCCCUGGAAAUCCCCGGUGAGGAGCUGCCUGGCGUGUUCUCGGCCCGGGCCUUCGUGGGCUGGUACAACGGGCUCCCUGAGAACCGGGAGCUGGCACCGGACCUGAGCUGUGACACGGCCGUGAUUCUGGGGCAGGGGAACGUGGCUCUGGACGUGGCCCGGAUCCUGCUGACCCCACCUGAGCAGCUGGAGAAAACGGACAUCACGGAGGCUUCCCUGGGGACACUGAGGCAGAGCCAGGUGAAGACGGUGUGGAUAGUGGGCCGACGUGGACCCCUGCAAGUGGCUUUCACCAUUAAGGAGCUUCGAGAGAUGAUUCAGUUACCAGGAACCCGGCCCAUUUUGGAUCCCGCGGAUUUCUUGGGCCUCCAGGACAGAAUGAAGGAGAUGCCCCGCCCGAGGAAGCGGCUGACGGAGCUGCUGCUUCGAACAGCCACGGAGAAGCCAGACGGGGAGGAGGCUGCCCGCCGGGCAGUGGCCGCCCGAGCCUGGGGUCUCCGUUUUUUCCGAAGCCCCCAGCAGGUGCUGCCCUCACCAGACAGGCAGCGGGUGGCAGGCAUCCGCCUGGCGGUCACCAGACUGGAGGGUGUCGGUGAGACCGCCUGGGCAGUGCCCACUGGCGACACGGAGGACCUCCCUUGUGGGCUGGUGCUGAGCAGCGUUGGGUAUAAGAGCCGCCCCAUUGACCCCAGUGUGCCCUUUGACCCCAAACUUGGGGUCAUCCCCAAUACGGAGGGCCGGGUUGUGGAUGUGCCAGGCCUCUACUGCAGCGGCUGGGUGAAGCGGGGGCCCACGGGCGUCAUCGCCACCACCAUGACCGACAGCUUCUUCACCAGCCAGACCCUGCUGCAGGACCUGAAGGCCGGGCUGCUGCCGUCGGGCCCCAGGCCUGGCUCUGCGGCCAUCAAGGCCCUGCUCAGCAGCCGAGGGGUCCAGCCCGUCUCCUUCUCGGACUGGGAGAAGCUGGAUGCCAAGGAGGUGGCCCGGGGCCAGGGCGCUGGGAAGCCCCGGGAAAAGCUGCUGGAUCCUCAGGAGAUGCUUCGGCUGCUGGGGCGCUGAGCCCGGGAACCAGCCCGGCAGGGAGGGGAGUGCUGUGCGCCAGGGCCGGUCUGAGCAGGGCUCUGCACACAGCUGACCCCCUGCCCGCCCUGGCCCAGGGCCUUGGCUGCCUCUUUUCCAGGGACCAAUGAGCACUC